CAAGCCCUGAUUGGAUUGGUCGACUUUUUCUUGAACCCUGAACUGAAACACCAACAAACUUAGGGUUAGAGUACGAUACAGGCACUCAUCUCAACUCUACUCAGUACUCGACUCAACAAUAUUUCAAGAUCAAGUCUUCUUUCGCUACUGCCCUUCCUUCUUUGAUUGAUUCCUUUGCCACGGCGUCACUCGUCUGUCGUUCACACACACUCGCCCUCAUACCUGUCAGCAGGCGUCAAUUUCCACAUCCAUCACUCCACCACACCCCUCAACAUGGGCCUCCUAUCAAUUCUACCAGAAAGCUUCAGCGCCCUCGAAACCUGGAUCACCCGCCUAUUUUUGCUCCUCGGUAUCAUCUGCAUCGGCCCUUGGGCUGCCCUCCUUGUCUACGAUGUCAUUCUUUAUACCGGUCGCUCUGUUACCCACGAGAUACCAUUAAUAGGCGGCCGCGCCCGGGGCAAAGCUCGUCCACGCGCUCCCAGCCUUACAGAGCGCCCGAGCGGUCACCGUCGACGAUUUAGCCUUGCCCGCCGUCCACAACCGAACGCAGAAUCAACAGGUGGUGACAGGUCGGAUAAGUCGGAUCCACGUUUGCGAAACACCAAAGACGGAUUGAAGGAAGAAAUCGCAAGCUCAUGAGAUUUUGACGCACCCAUGGCACAUCUUAGUGGUUCUCUGUCCUGCUCAUGAUGCAAUCAUAGCCAUGGUCAUAACUCUAUGCUUGCUGGCUUUCCCUGGCGUUAUCGAGACGAGGAACACUAUCGUGGGCACACGUAGCUUCCCAUAUGCCGUGUCUCAAUCGUUGAAACCUCUGCCUCCAAGUCACAUGGGAUUGUUUCCCGUAGAAAUUCGGGAUCCAUUUCAGGAAUC